AUGCUCCGAGGCGGGCCAGGAUCAGGCCUCAGGGGCCUGAAGGAGGCCGAGGGCACUGUGGAGGGCUCUUUGCUGGAGGUCGGGAGGGAUUUUGGGGUGCUGAGGGAGAACGGCGCCCCCCGCAGCCUGGGCGAGACGGAGGAGGCGACCGGCCGGAAGCGCGCGCGGCCCGUGCGGUCCAAGGCGCGGCGCAUGGCGGCCAACGUGCGGGAGCGCAAACGCAUCUUGGACUACAACGAGGCCUUCAACGCGCUCCGCCGCGCGCUGCGCCACGACCUGGGCGGCAAGCGGCUCUCCAAGAUCGCCACGCUGCGCCGGGCCAUCCACCGCAUCACGGCGCUCUCCCUGGUCCUGCGCGCCAGCCCCGCGCCCCGCUGGCCCUGCGGGCGAAGCUGGUACCGAUGCCCCGGGGUGGCCUCUACCGGUUCACUUCCCUGGCCGCGAGGCUACCUGCGAGCUGGCCCUGGGCUGAGCUACCAGCACUCCUGA